UCGGGGGGGAGCCGCGGGGCCGGGAGCGAGCUAGGCUGCGCCCCUACAUAACUGCUGCAGCCUGAGCCGCCGCUGACGUCUUUCGAAUUGGAGACGGAGCUCGCGCGCCUGCUUAGCCGCCCGUGAGCUGCAGUAAGACAUUUUAGGAUGUCCAGAAAUGUGCAGCGACUUAGAGACCACGAUACAAAUCCAUGUCUAGCGGAAACAGAUGCCUCUAGACAAUGUAUGGAUGACAAUAACUACAGAAAGGAUAUGUGUGCCUCUUAUUUUUUAAAGUACAAAAACUGCAGAAAAUUUUGGCAUGCCAUUAUGAUACAAAGGAGAAGAGAUGAUGUGAAACCAAAUAUGCCUACAGCAGACGAGAGAGAGAAUAUAUUGAAGUCAAUAGGAGGAACACCAUACUGAUCACAUAAUCUUUAUUGUUUACUAUUUAAUAUUAUGUACAUAUGAAGAUUUGUCAGCUAGGCAUUAAAUUUUUUUAACCUUGCCUCUGUUUAUUUAAUCAUAAGAUGUUGCCAACUGAGAGAGAACAUUACCUUAGACUGUAAAGCCCGUUGAGGGACAUGGUGCGGCAGGGACAACUUUUCUUCUGUUUGUACAGUACCUAGCACAACGGGGUCCUGAUCAGAGUAGGUUUUCUAGGUACUACCAUAAUGCAGAUAAAUAGUAAUUACUAUGUGCCUAAAAGGGUCACUACAAACAUGUACAAAGAUGGCGUCAAGGCAGUUAUGGAAGUAAUUCUUAAGCUUCCACUUAAUGCUGAAUACUGCAUAACUUGCCUUUUCAAAACAAGUUUUCGCAUAGAGACACAUCUGUGGCAGGGGACAGAGCAGCUGCCUAGAGUGAGAAUUACAGAGGAAGAGGAACUAAGAAGACUAGUUUGAUACAACUUAAUUAAUAACUACUAUUAUUGUUUUGCAUAAUGGUUAAAGUAGCAAGUCCUUUUUCUGGGUUUUUUCUUUAUGUACAAAUACCAACGUUGACAUGAGUCACACUUAUCACUGCUCUAAUUGGAGGCAUCUGCCAAUACAGUUACUGAAGUUACAACUUAAAUACACCCUACUAUUGGAAAAAAAUACAUAAAUGGAUUUCAAUGGAAACUAAUUUCUAGUUAAAGCAAAAAAAAAAUCAGGUUUGUACAGUGGCCAUCUGCUUCUCUAGGGAAAGGCUUGUGAGGGAAGAAGUUGAACUCCAUUGCUCUUAAUAACGUGCUUUCUGACUAGCUGUUUACCUUUAAUGAAAUACUUUUUUAUACCACCACCAGUAGUGGAUAGUAGUAGAUAUUAACAAAUAACUGACUGAAAAUGCUUAACCUACAAUUAUUGUAAGAUAAGAUAUUAAAUCUUAUUUUGGGCAUUUAAUAGCACUGUGAGUAGCCAGUUCCUCCUCUCUAUGGAACCUUCAAACAGGACCAGAAGCACUU